AUGGCUCGCCAUGGCGGCAAAGGGUCCUCCUCUUUUGGCUGGGCGAAAUGUGGCGCGUUUGUAUGUGGUUUAUGCUCGCUGUACAUCACUUACAUGCUAGUGUCCCUCGUGCCGACGCCUCCUGACCACAUAUCAGCGCGUCCAGCAGCAGCUGUAUUGCCUCGAUCUAUGAGUACGAGGACGACAGGCGUUUUGGAGGCACAGCCCAUGAUGACCUCCGGAGAUCCACCAGGACUUGGCAGCUUUGCUUGGACCGGUUCUGCCGGAACAUUCAGGAUGCGAACCAACAACCUGAUGAUGGAGUUCAUGUCUGUGCGGCUUCGCUCAUCGGACAAGUUCGCUCCAUGCACGGUGCUGGAGCGCACACAGAUGGAUUGCGGUGGUGUUUCCGCAACCUGGCAAUCUCACACUUACGAGGUCGGAGCGUCGGGAGCCGCCUUGCGUUGGUGGUUGGACUUCAAUGCUGCUGUCGCCCAAGUCCGUAUUUCUGCAUGGCUACCCAAUGCGGCUAUAGAAGGCCAAGUGGAUGGUUCUCCGGUGACUGUGCGGCGGCGGCCUGCGGUACUGCCCUUGACUUCGAUAUCAGCCACGGCAAGCAGUGCAUACCAGGGGCGCGGGCCAGAGAGGAUGAUCGAUUCAGAUUACGAUACCGAGUGGUUUGCGGGGAAAGGUGAGCAGGAGGCUUGGAUCCUCCUCGAGUUUCCAGAGGAAGCCACGAUAGAUUCUGUUGCCUGGACUUGGUGGGCCCAGUCCGUGGCAGACGAGUGGGUGCUGUCAAGCCGCAGGUACUUGACAGGUCCAUGGGCUGAGCGCGGUUCUAGCCAAACGAUCUCCCAGCCCACUAAGUUCAACACUGAAGUCAAAGUCAAUGGCUGGAAGGAGCCUUCCAAGUGGAUCCGGCUCCAAAUGAAGAAGGGGCACGAGGAUCCAUGGAACUUCGGUGUCUUCUUUGGCAUACGAUCCUUUACGAUUUUGGGCCGGGAUGAAGCGGCUUCAGCCGGUGCAUCGGAUCUCUGGUGGGAAGGUUCAACCAUCCCAGCCGGAAUUUGGCUCGCCUUGGAGCAUCCCCGGGCACGGUGCAGCGUGCAGGGCCGCGCUGCAGCCCGAGAGCCUGUUUCCCCGACAGGUCCUGUUUGGCGGAAGGCCGAGUGUACCCUUCAGCUGUCUGAGAAGCCAGCAGGCCGUGUGCAGGUCUCUGCAUCCAUGGGAGUUUUCGAGGACGGGCAGUACCCACAGUUGCGUCGGAUAUUCUCCCGAUAUUUGGAGUUGGUGCGGGGCCGGGAGUUUGGCCAGACUCUGCACUACAACAGCUGGUACGAUCUCCGAAGUGCGCCCUGCGACGAAUCGCAGAGGCAGCGUUGCUUUUCGCACAAGAUGACGGAGGCGGCAUGUUCAGAGCGCAUCGCAACCUUCAACGAUAAUCUUUCGCUUCACGGCGGGAACCCACUUGAUGCUUUCUUGUUGGAUGACGGAUGGGAUAAUGCAGACAGCCUGUGGGAACUGGACAGGAAACACUUUCCAGGGGGCUUUGCUUCCUUGGUGCAGCACGGCGCGAAAUGGGGCACAAAGAUGGGCGUUUGGAUGUCGCCUUUCGGAGGAUAUGGUGCGGCCGGUGCUCGCCGUGUCCGACAUGGUGCCGCCCAUGGUUUCGAGAGAAGCCACCGGGGGGGCUUCGCCCUCGCAGGGCAGAGGUAUUUUGCCAGCUUCCGGUCUGUUGUGCGUGACCGCAUUGCUGAAGGAUUCCGGCUCUUCAAGUUCGAUGGCUUGGGCGGCGGCUUGGGGCAGAGUGGCGGCGAAGAGGACCGCGACGACUUCGAGGCCAUGCUAAGCCUGAUCCAGGAUCUGCGGUCAAGCGACAAUGGAGAUGUCCCACUCUGGAUCAGCUUGACCAUCGGCACUUGGCCGUCUCCUUUCUGGCUGCUCUGGGGCGAUUCGAUCUGGCGAGAUGGACCAGAUGUCGGCGCAGAGGGCUUCGGAUCUCCGCGGGACCGAUGGUUGAAUUUUCGUGACUGGGCCUUGCGAAGGGCGCAAGCUCGUGGCCCGCUUUUCCCCAUGACUGCAUUCAUGCAGCAUGGCGUGGUAUGGAGCAAGUCUGCAGAGACCGCCGACAUGUGGCCCUCGACAAAAACGACGCUUCUGGCAGAUUUCUGCAAGGAGGUUCUGUCAUUCUUCCUGGCCGGCACGGGCCUUCAGGAGCUGUACAUUCAGUCAGAGCUGAUGACCACAGACUACUGGAAAGCUUUGGCAGUCGCAUCAAGCUUCGCACGAAAGGAGCAGAAGCUCCUUCGCGAUGCGCAUGCUAUUGGAGGGGAUGUGCAGAGAAUCUACGGAGCGGCAGCCUUCGACGAGUCAAAUCUCCGAGGAGUGUUUUGGUGGCGCAACCCUACCGACGACGAGCAAUCCGCCGUUUUCUGCGUGGGAGAACUCCUUGAGCUUCCUUCGCGCUUGCUUUCGUCAUCCUUCUGUUGGAGCAUCAAACCACUCCAGCUCUCGACAAACUGUCCGGGCUCAGCACAGACUCAUGUGGAGACGGCGUCGUCCAACACGGAGCUUCGAAUACCUUUGGAGCCCUUUUCCGUUAAUGCGUGGACAAUUUCAGCAGCCACCUGCUAA